AUGUCGUCAACAGCAACAACAACAACUGUGCCAUCAUUCGGAACGGCAAAUGAGGUGGGAAAGAAUAUAACGGGCACAUCAGAAACAACAGCAGCAGCAACAAAAUCAAUAAAAACUUCAUUGAAUAUAGCUUCAACGUCAAAGGAAGCAUUGAGCAGCCGUGAUGGUGAACAAAAGGCUACGCCAAAAAGGGCCGGCCCUCUAAAAACCACCGCGAGUCCUCGUAUUCAUUCAUUUCGAAUAGUGAGCGCUCAGGAUGCUACAGCCGCCGUUGUUGCUACCACUACCGCCUCCAUCGUCAAAAACAGCACUGUCGAGCAAUCGCAGUUCGAGACCCAUGUUGAAUAUCAACAGUCACAGCUAGAACUACAGCUCCAACAACGACGCCGACGUAGCAACACGAACGAUAUCGAUAACGACAACGAUAGUGACAGUACCAACGGCAACAAUAUCGUGAAGUGCUCUUCCAAAAUACAAAAACCGAUAUUAAUGUGUUUUAUAUGCAAACUAUCGUUUGGGAAUACAAAAUCUUUCAGAUUACACGCUAGCUCAGAACAUCAACUAACCUUGCAAUCAAAAGAACAGCAUUUACUAAAUCGCGAAUAUUCGAGUGUUAUUAUUCAGCCGCCAAAUAUGGAUGAGCGUCCAGAAAUAUCAUUUCUUGAGCCAAUUGACAUGCUCAACGUUAUAAAAAGUGACGAUUUAAAUACUGCGACUGAUGUUGAAUUUAAUGAGAACACAUCGCAGGUGGUGACUCGCGAAUUUAAUACUGGUGAUACCUCCAUGACGGUAAGACCGGCAGUUAAAAAACUAAUAAAUGAGACAGCUGAAGAUAUGACUGCAACUACGGGAGCGAAUUCAUCAAUGUCAUCAACGAAAGCGUCAAUCCCAACCUCAACGUCGCCUCCGACAUCAGCGACAAUGUCAACAGAUCUGACGUUAUCAUCGGUAAAGUCCCCAAAAUGCUCGCGAUCAGCGACUGCGACUCUACCAGCUGUAUCACAAAUUGCAUCCACGUUUGAGCCAAAUGGUACUAUAGAUUGUAGCAACAAUAGUAAUUUCCUGCGGGUAAACUCCCUUUCUGAAUGUGCACGGCAAAAACCUCGAUACGAAGCAACUGCUUUUAUCAACGACUCGUCGGUAAUAACAGCGACUACAGUAUCAAACCAACCAUCAGGAAUCAAUAAUCCCAAUUCCAUUGAAAAUCAACAACAAGAAACAAUAAUCAUUACUAAUAGAUUAAAAACAGCCACUGUAGAAACGCAAGAAAAGGACGACUCAAAAGCGAAAGUAGCGACAUCUUCGCCAUCAUUGCCUUCAUCAUUAACAUUUUUGUCACCCUCAUCAUUUCCGUUGUCAUUACUGCCAAAAAAUGAGUCAGAAGAUGUCUCUAAAACUGAAGUAACUGUGUUCGGAUCAAGUUCGGAUUCUACCCUGAAGCCAAAAUUAACUGUAUGCGAAACACCACCAACGGCGUCUGCCACGAAAAAUGAUAGGUCGAGCAAGACAGGGAACAGAAAUCUUCUAGGGGAUCGGGAAGACUGUUAUAGUUCGCCGUUGUGUACUGUCACUAAAAUGGAAAAUAUAGAAAUGGGUUCGACUACCGCUACAUCAGCUAAUGUUUCCGAUAUUUUGCACAUGAAUUUGCAUCGCGACUCUCCAACGGUGGACGACAAUAAGUUAGAUCGAUCCGAAACUCAAUCACGGCUUUCAGCGGAUGCAGUUAACUUUCAUCAGCAGCAGCAGCAGUUUGCGGCAAUGAGCAGCAGCACUUUUGCCUCCCCGUCUCCUUCACUAAUAUCAAUGACACCCACGACAAACAAUCUUAGCAGUUUGCAUGCUUCUUUAGUGGCUUUAAAUGAUGGCUUUCCUACCACCUGUGACAGUACAGAUCCACAAAAAACAGGCGCAAGGUUAAUCAGUGACUUUCUACAACAGCAUCUUAGCUUACAACAUCAACAGCAGCAACAGCAGUACGGUGCGUUAAACGGGAAAUGUGCAGAACAUUCAGAUUAUAAGGAUAACGACUAUAAAAAUUGCGAAAUACAGCAACUGAAAUCCUCCCCGCAUCACAAUCAAGGUCGCCAGCAUACGUUAACUAACACCAAUACAACGCCGCAACGCUCACCAUCACGCAGCAGCAGUAGUUGUACCAGUACCAUCAUGCGAUCACCAGCGAAUUCGACAACAUCACCCAAUGCUACAAUUGUCAAUGUCUCAGCAGCAGCAGUCGCAGCGGCCGCAUCUCAGCAACAGAAUACAGUUGCUGCCGUAGCUGUGGCUGCCGCUGCGGCGGCAGCAGCAGUUGUAUCUGUAGCUAGCAACAAUUCCAGUUUUACUAUAGGCGCCUGCUCGGAUCACAUGAACGGGCGGCCAUUGGGAGUAGAAUGCACACGCUGCGAAAUGAUACUGAAUUCAACACGACUUAAUACUGGUGUUCAAAUGUCAACACGGAAUUCAUGCAAGACUUUGAAGUGUCCACAAUGUAACUGGCACUACAAAUAUCAGGAGACACUCGAGAUUCACAUGCGAGAAAAGCAUCCGGAUGGUGAAAGUGCUUGCGGUUACUGCUUAUCUGGUAAGUAA